UCCUGGUCCUGUUUUCUUGUUAGCCAGCAUGGGCUCCGUUAAAGUGACUCCAAAGUCUCUCUUCGCCUUCGACGACUCCUUCUCCUCCUACCUCGCCUUCGUCCGGGAGAACAGCUUUCCGCCGGAGUUGGGCAACUCCGCCUCCGACCACUUGGCCUGCCAGAUUACCUUCAGCCGGCGACGGAGUAGGAGUACUCCCGACGGUGAGAUCGAAAUAUUCGACGCCGAGAAGUACUUCAGUGGCGUGAUGGAUGGUAGCGCCGCCUCUGGGCGCACCCGCGUGCCGACCCCGUCGGCGGCCGGCGCCAAGAAGGAGGUCCCACGGUUGCCGCGCGAGGGGUCGAAGCCCGGAAGCACCGCCUCGGAGACGAGCUGCAACAGCCGCAGCGUACUACUCCCCGACCGCCGCCGACGAGACUCCAAGGGGAAGAAAUUCCUCCGCGUUUUUCCUUGCACCUGCGCUAGGAAGCAGGCGAUCAACGUCGACAGGGAAGCCCAGCUGGCGCAUGGCCGUCCUCACGACGGACACUCGGUGUGCGAAUCUAGGCUGAAAAGAAUCAGCCCCAGUUUCCGGCGUCAAGAACCCUUCUCUCUCCCUCCAAAUCCGAUCUCAAAAUUCAAACCAGAGGAGAAAGUACUCAUCGGAGUCGCUCAAAAUUCAAUCUUAGGCGCCAAUUUUAACUCAAAAAACGAUCUUACCAUCGCGCAAAGCGGAAGUAGCUUCGCGGCAUUGCCUUCCCGCGCCGGCGGCCGAGACGAGGACGUCCUCAGCGAAGCAAGCUCGGACUUGUUCGAGAUCGAGGGCUUAUCGACGAGCACGCACCAUUUUUUCACCAUAAAAGGAUCGGAGUCGGCGACCGCGACCGCCGCCGUCGGCUACGAGCCGAGCGAGGCGAGUGUCGAGUGGAGCGUGGUUACGGCCAGCGUCGCUAAUUUCUCCAUGUCGUCGGAGUCCGGUGAACAGGGGGGUACCUCCCUGAUGAAGACGAGGAGGUCCUCGGGGUCGGGCCAUCUGCUGGGGUGCGUUAGUGAGAAGGCGGUCGAUGUGACGGGGGCUUCCGGCGGAAGCGGCACUAAGGCGUUGGUGAGAGCGAGCGCGAGGGAGCGGUGACGCCGACGGCGAGGUACCGCGUGGAGAGCUGCUGCGUGGAUUUGGGUUCGGGCCAGGUCGAGCCGGCCGGGCGUUGCCACCGAACCCAAACCGCUCCACCUAAGAUUAUAUUAGGACUAUACGUAUUCGUCAUUCGUAUUAAUAUAGGAAAAUAAAAAUGUAUUAAUCUAUAUUUAUGUUUUGUGUUGUCAAUUGUCACAUAAUUAAUAAGGAUGU